AUGGCAGACUCGGUCAUCAGCGUCGCCUACAACGGCAGAAUAGCCACCAUCACGAUUAACAACGACAAGAAACUCAAUGCUUUGAAUCAGCAGCAAUAUUACGAGCUCGGUCAGACGCUGCGGGAGGUUGCUACUCACGAUGAGGUCUACAUAACCCUCCUUCAAGCCAAAGGGCGCUACUUCUCAGCCGGUGCAGAUGUCUCUAUCACAGACAAUGCGCCGAGCGGAAAGACCCCAGAAGUGCACCUACAUUGGCUACGUAGCUUCGUGGCGCUGAACCUGAACAUUGCGCAGGCCUUCUACUCACAUCCCAAGAUCCUCGUCGCAGCGCUCAAUGGGCCCGUCAUCGGUCUGACGGCCGCGCUGGUCGCCUUCGCCGACUUUAUCUACUGCGCCCCUCACACGUUCCUGCUCACGCCCUUCUCGUCGCUUGGGCUGGUCGCUGAAGGUGCUGCGUCGCGCGGGCUGGUGCAGCGGCUCGGCAUCAGCAAGGCCAACGAGGCACUCAUCAUGAGCAAGCGCGUCACUUCCGAGGAGCUACUUGCGACAGGCUUCGUCAACAAGAUAUUCGACUGCAAGAAAGGCGAGGACGACAAGUUCAACCAGCUGGUGCUGCAGGAAGUCAAUGACAGGCUAGGAGAGCAUCUCAUUGGGGACAGCUUGACCGGCAUCAAGAAGCUCAUCCGCAAGCCGGAGAACGAUAUUCUAGACAAACAGAACAUCACUGAGGUAUUCGCCGGACUGGAGAGGUUCAUGAGCGGAGUGCCACAGGAAGAAUUCAGGAAAAUUGCAUCAGGAGAGAAACGUCAUAAGCUGUAG